ACCGUGCGUCCGGUAAUCCCAAAACGUGGAGAGAAAGAUUUUGAGCCCGCUCCAGGAGGGGGUUCAGGUCUUCAGGUUCAUGUACUGGACAGAGCGCGCGCUGCGAUGUUCGACGCCCUCAAAGCUGAUCGUGCUAUAUCUAGUAAAUCCGCCAGCUAUGGCAUCUGGUGCCCGCAAAUAUCUCGUGUGCACGUCACGGUCGCCAGAGGUAUUCACUUUUCUGUCAUGGGCCAUUCAGCAGCACGGCCUGCGCCCACAGAAAAUGGCUCGACAAAACUCCAGAAGAGACUAGAGUUACUGCCCGAAGAGGCGCUUUAUCUGAUUGAAAGGGGUGCUCUGUUCUGCUGGAAGGACAUUCAAGUGGAUUUGACUGGCUUGGGUGACGUUGAGGGUGCUCCCAUGUCUGUUCAACAAGCUUUUGCAGAAAUAAUUGGAAAGGAAGACCUGACGCUCGAAAAAUAUCAGGUCUUUGCAUACUUAAGGCGUUUGGGGUAUGUUGUCACCCGCACAGAUCCACCCAGCCCUAGCUAUCCAGUACCGCCACCCCGCCUAACAAGUGACGGAGCUCUGUCAUUUUUUCGAAGAUUGUCGUCAAUUUUCUCGCCGUGUGCCACAAGACUUUUGAGAUUUUGGAGAGGGACGUUGAAUUGGUGGAGACCACUCAGGAUAAGUCGGUGGAUACAUCACGAUAAAUCAUAUGGAAAGAUCUUUAAGUCUCUGCGAGUCAUACCUGCAGGUCACUCCAUCGCGCCUCAUUCCAGUCGUGCGACUCCUGUCGUACCCUCGUCCCCAUACAAGAUAUUCUACAACAUGUACAAGCCCUCGACCAACUUCCGGAAAACUUCUCCGCCACAACCUGAUUUCCAAAUCGUUGUCAUCAACGCGCGAACCGCUUUUGUGCCCUCUCUGUACGAAUUGACGGAGCUAUUCGAUGUUCUUCCAGAAACUCCCCCGCCUCUCCCACGAAGGCGUGGUGCACCUCCGACAGUUCAACCACCCCCAGCAGCAGUCAUGUCGCCCGUCCACCCACCGAAAUUCAGACGUAUUUUCUCGUGGCUGUUGCCAUCACCAGCACCGCCCAUAGCAUCUCAACUACGACCGCAUCCAUUUGCAGCAUUGAAGGCUGGCAAAAAGAACAUAGUCAUCGCGGCUGUGGACACGGGCAACAUUAGUUUCUUCCGAUUUAGUCAAGGCGCUUUUGAAGAGUGGCCAACUCUCUAG